GUCAUCCGAAAGACAUCCGUCUCACUAACACAACAAUGGCGACUACUCUGACUGCGAAUUUUUUGUCAGCCAAUUGUCAACCAAAGAACCAGGCUCCAGAAGGUGGCAGUCUAUGCAAUGCUUGAUCCGGCGGCCUCGAAUCCAACGCCGCCGGACGAUACGAACGGAACGAACUGGCUGGUGCGGCGCGCGCGCGCGCGUCCCAUCCCAUUCCCCGACUCUUCCCCUCCAUUCCAUAGUCGCAACUUGCAAUGGCACGACCUCUCCAAUUCCCCAUAUCCAUAUCGGGCAGCAGUCCAGCCGGCUCGCUUCCACCCUUCCUCUCCCAUUCCAAAUUUAGCUCGUCACCUCCGGCAUCGCCGUUCUCGUGUUACCCUCUCCGCCGCCGCCGGACGGCGGGCCGGCCGCGACACGACGCCGAGGGCUCGCUCCUCCUCGUUCUUCCUCGCACGCGGCAUUGAUCGACCGAUCCCUUCCACUGAGCGUGAACGGCAGGGGGCCGCGCGGAUGGACGACCUGAAGGCGAGCCUGGCGCGGCCGAUACAGCUCGCGGAGCAGGUGAUCAAGUGGGCGGACGAGGCGCAGACGUGCCGGCAGGAGUGCCAGGACCUCAAGGCCAAGCUGGAGCGCCUCUCCACCCUGCUCCGGCAGGCGGCGCGCGCCGACCUCUACGAGCGCCCCGCGCGCCGCAUCCUCGAGGACACGGACAAGGCGCUCGACAAGGCCGCCGCGCUGCUCGAGCGCUGCUGCGGCCACGGCUUCGUCCGCCGCGUCUUCACCAUCAUCCCCGCGGGGUCGUUCAAGAAGGCGUCCUACCUGCUCGACAACUCCCUCGGGGACCUCACCUGGAUCCUCCGCGUCUCCAACUACGCCGCCUCCGACGAGGACGACGAGGACGACCACAUCGGCCUGCCCCCCAUCGCGCAGAACGAGCCCAUCCUCUUCCUCAUCUGGGAGCAGAUCGCCGUGCUGCAGUACGGCGGGCUCGAGGCCCGCGCGGACGCCGCCGCCAGCGUCGUCUCCCUCGCGCGCGACAACGACCGCUACGGCAGGCUCAUCAUCGAGGAAGACGGAGUCCCACCGCUGCUGCGGCUCAUCAAGGAGGGCCGCGCCGACGCGCAGGAGAGCGCCGCGCUAGCCAUCGGGCUCCUCGGCCGCGACCCCGAGUGCGUGGACCUCAUGAUCCUCGCCGGGGUCUGCACCUCCUUCGUCAAGAUCCUCAAGGACGCGCCCAUGAAGGUGCAGGGGAUGGUGGCGUGGGCGGUCUCCGAGCUCUCAGCCAACCACCCCAAAUGCCAGGACGCCUUCCUCCAGCACAACGUCAUCCGGCUCCUCGUCUCCCACCUCGCCUUCGAGACGGUGCAGGAGCACUCCAAGUACGCCGUCGCCUCCAAGAUGUCCAUCCACUCCGUGGUCAUGGACAAAAAGAGCAACGACAGCACACAUGACCCCUCGGGAAGCGGGGAGCAAGCGGCGGCGGCGAAACCAAACGUGGGCGGUGGCGGGACAGGAGCCAGUAGCUCGAGCCUGACUGUUCCCGGUCCCAGCGGCAGACCCGUCGGCAUGGCCGGGACAAGGCUGCACAACGCGUCCAUUUCCGCCACGAGCACCCGGGGGAGGGAGUACGAGGACCCGGAGAUCAAAGCGUACCUGAAAGCGCACGCCGCCCGGGCGCUGGGCACGCUGGCCACGGGCAACCCCGCCAUCUGCAAGAACAUCACGGAGUCGAGGGCGCUGCUCUGCUUCUCGAUCCUCCUCGAGAAGGCCACGGGCGACGUGCAGUACAACUCCGCGAUGGCGCUCGUGGAGAUAUGCCGCGUCGCGGAGCAGAACGCCGAGCUCCGGCGGUCGGCGUUCAAGCCCACCUCCCCCUCGGCGCGCGCCGUGGUGGACCAGCUCCUCCGCGUGGUGGAGAAGGCCGACUACGACGACCUCCUCGUCCCCUGCAUCACGUGCCUGGGGUGCCUGUCGAGGACGUUCCGGGCGACGGAGACGAGGGUCAUCGGGCCGCUCGUCAGGCUCCUCGACGAGCGGGAGACCGACGUGAGCCUGGAGGCCGCGGCGGCGCUGGCCAAGUUCGCGUGCAUGGACAACUACCUGCACGUGGACCACUGCAAGUCGAUCAUCGGCCACGGCGGCGCCAAGCACCUGGUGCAGCUCGUCUACUUCGGCGAGCAGGUGGUGCAGACCGCCGCGGUCGUCCUCGUCUGCUACCUCGCGCACAACGUCCCCGACAGCGAGGAGCUCGCGCAGGCCGAGGCUUUGAUGGUGCUCGACUGGGCGUGGAAGCAGGGCUACAUGUCGCAGGAUCCGGUGAUCGAGAGCUUGCUGCCCGAGGCCAAGAUUAGGAUGGAGCUUUACCAGUCCAGAAUAGCGAAAGGAGGAUACUACUAUUGAUCAUUUGAUCUUGAUCGGAGACUGCUGUCAACUUAACUUGUGUGGCUAUUAGAUUCAGGGGCGAAACAGAAACACAAGGAUGCAUGGCUGCCGCUUCACCUUCACAUCAACUGACUACUGUAAAUAGAUUCAGGUCAGAUUAUCCAAUGUGCUUCACUCGUAUACAAGCGCACGAACUCAAGGGCAGACAAGUAACUUUACGGUGAGAUUGCCACGCGAAAUAAAUUUUCCAAAGUUUGAGGACUAAAUAAAAAAUAUUUAGGAUGUCAGUAUAAUUGGGACUUUAUUUAAGAAAUUGUUGAAGCGUAAGUUUUGGUUAGUAAUACGCUAAAUUAAUUUUAGGGGCUUAUUUUGGUAACGGGUGGAAGUGUUGUAACAAAUCCAUCGAUGUACUGUGGUGCUAAUAAUGCAGGUACUUACCAUGCACAAUG